AUGCGCUGGGCGGUACUUCUAGCUCUGCUGCAAUGCGCGGCAACAGAGUUCUACGAGACCUUCUACGGAGACGGAAGAACCUUUGAUUGCAGCUACUGCGCGCAAGAAAUCAAACCAUGCGACGAAAAUGAACCACGUCGCUUGGACCACUCCUGCAAUAACCUGCAUCGCCCUGCGACAGGAGCUCAAAUGACUCCGUUCAGGAGGUUGCUGCCUCCCGUUUUCGGGAGAAACUACGAUCAUAGACCUUCUUCUUCAGGCGGUGCCUUGCCUAACGUACGCGCUGUUCGCACCUCAAUAAUAACAGACGGAAGAGCGGUCAGCAAAAACUUCACGACAUUGCACAUGAGCAGUCUUCUGUUACUGGCAGGCGAUGUUACAACUGCGCAUGACACUUUUAACUUCAUUGUUACGACUCCCACUUGCUGCGUUACAGGCGAAUCUGACCCUCGCUGCAGACCAAUCUACGUACCUGAAGACGACGUCCAUCUUCGACGUACCGACAUUCGAUGCCUCAACAUGACCAAGAUCAUGACCUAUCAAGAUUUGGGCUGCGUAUCAAAUAGCCUGCCUUUGGAGAGGGUGAAUACAGCUCCACCGAUGCUGGAUCUCUCCAUCGUAUACGGUAUAAGCGAGCAGGCCAUGCGGCGCACGCGCGAGCUUCAAGGAGGAAGAUGGCGAUCGGAACAGGUCAAUGGAAAAGAAUGGCCAACGAGCGGGGGAAUAAGAUGCCUUGGGAACCAAUUACCCUUAGAGACUAGAUGUCACACUAGUCCUAAUCCAAAUUACAACACACUGAUACCAGUGAACGUGCUCGCCAUCUUGUUCUUCCGGAAUCAUAACCGCAUAGCGCGUCAGUUGGAAAUCCUGAACCCUUGCUGGGAUGAUGAUAAGAUUUUCAGGGAAGCCAGGGAGAUCAACAUUGCGAUGAACAAUCACAUAACGUAUUAUGAAUUGUUACCUCCUUUAUUGGGCAGCCACUACCUCCUGAAGCAUGGCGUCAUCUACGAUACAAUGGGCCACGUUAACGAUUACGAUCCAAAGUUGGAGCCUAAAGUCAGCAUUGAGUUCGUCAUUGCAAUGAGAUGGUUCCACACUAUAGUGGAUGGCAGGCUUAAGAAAUACAGUCGCAAAGGCAAGCUUCUUGACGAGCUGAAGAUUGUGGACUUGACUCUCCGAACAGGAAUUUUGCCUAUAAACAACACCAUUGAAGGCAUCAUUCAGGGAUUCUUCAGACAGGCUACUGCCGAGGUUGAUCAGCUUGUCGAUCCAGAGAUGGGAGAAAGAGUACUGGGAGGUGUACAACGCGCUGCCGACGUAGUGUCGUUAGAUUUGAUGAAGAACCGAGAAGCAGCCAUGCCCCCCUACGUCGAUUACAGGGACUUCUGCCAUCUGCCAGUACCCAAGAAAUUUGAUGACAUGUUGGAGUGGAUGGGACAAUCCGAAGUGGAUGGCCUAAGAUUCAGAUAUGAAACCGUAGAAGACAUAGACCUUUUAGCCGGUAUACUAGCCGAGAAGCCAGCGCCUGGAACUACACUUAGUCCAACACUCCUGUGCAUUUAUGUUGAGCAGUUGAUCCACUUCCGAAGAGCUGAUAGGUUCUGGUUUGAGAAUAAUCAGCACCCUGGAGCGUUUACUACAGAACAAUUACGGCAAAUCCGUGGAAUGACAAUGGCUAGAUUCUUAUGCGACAAUGGCGACGAUGUGUACUCCGUACAGCCUCGUCCAUUCCUGAUGCCUGGACACAACAAUGAAAUAACGGACUGUACAAAUAUUCCCACAAUAAGUUUUGAGCCAUGGAGGGAGAAUUACUGUAGCGGCAAUGAAUCUAUAGGCUUCAGAAAAUCAUUCUGGAAUAUAGGAGCUCGACCAACAAAUAAUGUUUUACUGGGUGGAAUGAAGCAAACCUGGUUUGAUAAUAGAAGUCCGAUUAAAGAUGGCCUUCAACAUAGAGGACCUAAUAAUGACAGGAUAGAAAUUUGGCGUCCACUUAACAAAGGGAUUGAAGAUAGAGGACAUAAUAAUGAGAAAUUAUAUAAUAAUGACCCUAAUAUCAAACGGUACCUAACAGAAGUGAAAUAUGGUUCAGGUUUUCAGAACACAGGUCCAUUUAACGCCGGUUCAAAGGACUACGGUUCAGAGUACUACGGUUCAGAGCAUUACGCAUCAAAGGAUCACAGAUCAGAGGUCUAUGGCCUUUUCAACAUAGCAAGUACGCAGGGCCAAUAUAGGGACACGAAGAAUGAAGGCCCAUGGUUAUUUAAAAAUGCUUAUGACAAAAAAUGA